AUGACUGUCGCCGCGCCCGCGAUUGGCCCCGGUGGCCCAGCGGAAGUCCCCGGCGCCGUUAAUGGACAAGCACCUGAUGUUUCGGCCAAGGGACUGACUGAUCUUUUCGGCUCUCUGAAUCCGUCAGAGUCCAAAAAUGGCAGCGCUCGUGGUUCGGCAGAUGGGGCCGGUGACGGUGCAGGCGCCGGCCGCCUCGGAAAUUUCCUGAACGACUCGCUGAAGAAUGUGCUCGAAGGUCUGAAUCUCGGGAACCUGGGCAGCUUGCUGGGUGGUAUAGGGGGCGGAGGCAGAGGCGGGGAGAAUGCUGGAGACAAGGAUGGAGGUAAUGAUGGUGGCAAGAAUAGAGGUAAUGAUGGUGGCAAGAAUAGAGGUAAUGGUGGUGACAAGAAUGGUGAUGACAAGAAUGGCGAUGACAAGAAUGGUGAUGACAAGAAUGGCAAUGACAAGAAUGGUGAAGAUGGUGACAAGAAUGGUGAUGAUGGUGAUAAGAAUGGAGACGACGAAGGCGACAAGAAUGGCGAUGAUAACAAGAACGGAGACAACGGAGGUGACAAGAACGGAGACGACAAGAACGGCGAUGACAAGAACGGCGAUGACAAGAAUGGUGAAGAUGGUGACAAGAAUGGAGACAACGAUGAUGACAAGAAUGGAGACAACGAAGGUGACAAGAACGGAGGCGACAAGAAUGGUGAUGAUGGUGACAAGAAUGGAGGUGAUGGUGGUGGCGAUGAUGCGGGCAAUGCCAAACAGCCACCAGCUGCACCGCCGGCUGCACCUUUAGACGGCUCCGCUCCUUCAAAUCAGACUUUACCAAAUGCUGGGGCCUCUACAAAGAAGAAUGUUGAGCGCGUCUGA